CACUGGGGCGGAGGAGGUGGCAGCUGCCACGAGGCAGGCUGGACCUUUUGAGGGUUGUGGGUGGUUCCCUAGAGCUUUGUCUCUCCUGCAGCUGAGCUCUCAGCAUGGAGCACAGUGCUGCCUCCAGCCCUGCUACACUGCCGUACUACGUGGCCUUGUCCCAGCUGCUGGGCCUCACAGUGGUGGCUGUGACUGGUGCGUGGCUGGGUCUGUACCGAGGUGGCAUCGCCUGGGAAAGCUCCCUGCAGUUUAAUGUGCACCCGCUCUGCAUGGUCAUAGGCAUGAUCUUCCUGCAAGGGGAUGCUCUGCUGGUGUACCGUGUCUUCAGAAAAGAGGCCAAACGCACGACCAAGGUCCUGCACGGGCUGCUUCAUGUUGUUGCCUUCAUCAUCGCCUUGGUGGGCUUGGUGGCUGUGUUCGACUAUCACAAGAAGAAGGGCUAUGCUGACCUGUACAGCUUGCACAGCUGGUGUGGAAUCUUAGUCUUUGUUCUUUACUUUGUGCAGUGGCUCGUGGGUUUCAGCUUCUUCUUGUUCCCUGGAGCUUCGUUCUCUCUGCGGAGCCGUUACCGCCCCCAGCACAUCUUUUCUGGUGCCACCAUCUUCCUCCUUUCUGUGGGCACAGCCCUCCUGGGCCUGAAGGAGGCACUACUGUUCAAGCUUGGGACCAAGUACAGCACGUUUGAACCUGAGGGGGUCCUGGCCAACGUCCUGGGCCUGCUGCUGAUCUGUUUUGGGGUGGUUGUACUCUACAUCUUGGCUCAAGCUGACUGGAAGCGGCCUUCCCAGGCUGAAGAGCAAGCCCUCUCCAUGGAUUUCAAGACACUGACAGAGGGAGACAGUCCCAGUCCCCAGUGACAGCCUUGGGUGGUCCUCCUGGUUCUGUGGGUUCCUGGAUGUCUUUCUGCUCCUCCCUGCAGAGCCUGAGUCUUUAGGUCCAGGAGUGCGGGGCAGCGGUGUUACUUUAGUGGGGUUCUAGGUUUUGGGGUUGUCCUCUGCUUUCCCUUCCUCGCUCGCAGUUUUUGAUGCAUUCUGUGGCCCAUGUGUAGGCCCUGCCUGUACCCUGCUAUCCAUUCACAUGCAGAAAACUUGGUCAGGGGACCUGGGGUCAAGCCUGGUCCCGUCCCUUAGAGGAGCUAGACUAUAGUUCCACCCACCAGGCAGCAGAUGGCUGGGUCUGGGCCCGAGGGACUGGCGUGGAAAAGCCAAGAUUGCUGCUUGUGUAUUCAACCCAGGAGUCCCAGCAGCUCGGGAAGCACGUGUCCUUGGCAGUAGAGCAAGUGAUAUUAUGCGUAAAGUAUGCUGGUGUUCAGAAUAAGGUUCCCCAGAAGGGUUCAGUCCGGCCCCUGAAGGAGCCCUGCCAUGUGGCUUGGCCCCAGUAUUGGACCUUUCUGUUCUUUAAUCCCUGAGCCUUAAAUAAGCUUUUCUGGGAAGGGGCUAGGUGCUCAGGGUGCAUGUAUGUACCUGCCCUGAUGGAUGAGGGCAGGCUGCUGGCACUGAGGGGCCUCCUGGCCUCCAGCCACCCCGGCAGUUCCUCCUACUACGGGGGGUUGAACCCUGGUUUCCUUCUGUAGGCCAGCCCAGGCAGGCUCUGGGAGGGGAGGCCACACACCUCCUGAGUUUUUAGAGGAGUCCUGCUGUUUGUCUUGCUCUCCAGGGAGCUGCUGGGGUGCCCUGGCUUGGCUGAAGCAACCAUGGAGGCUCACUGUCCUCCCACACCUGGGUCCAUCUUUGCUGGACAACAGGACUGAGUGGAGUAGAGUAGCAGGAUUGGUCUCCUGCGGCAUCUGCACACAGCCUCAACCCCUACUGCCUGUUGUGUUGUUAGCUGAGUCACUGUUUGGCUUGAGUCUAGAAAUAAUGUGAUUACGGCAAUGUCUUGUGCUUCUUGGGCUUGGCAAAUGCUCUCUCCUCUUGGGCUCUAAGGAGCCUCGUGCUUUGUGACAGGAAUGCUUAACUUAACCAGCCUGACAAUUCCUUUAGGUCAACAGGCUGGCCUUCUGCCAGAUUUCUAGUAACUGUGCCAUGGGUCCUGCUUCGGGUGAUGUCUCUUUCCCCAGCUGUGGUGGCGCGCCCCCCAGGAGGGGGGCUGCCCAUCGCCCUGGCCCCCUCUUCCAUCUCUCCAUUUGCAGGGAUGUUGAGGUUUGCCUCCAGUUUCAAUGGCAUAUGCUGCAAGGCUAGGAACCUACCAACCCUUUCAUCAGCGGCACUCUUGUGUAGUCAGAUGUUUACAUGUGGGAGACUGGUCCUUAGACAAACCAAGUUCCAUUGUGAGUCUCCCUUGCCAGACUACACAGAGAAUUAGAACUCAGCCUGUAAACUAGUCUUUUUGCCAAAGUGUAUGAUACAUGACUAAGGACCGAAGAAGGCCCCGAGCAGAUGUGUGUGGUUUCUUCUGUUUGCCUGUGGCCUGCCUCCUGUGACGCAGUGUGUUGUUGGUGCAACAGAUAAAUCAAUAAAUGUCUACAGCAGA